CAUGCAAGUUUUUGUAUUCUUUUGUUGUUAGACUGAUGACUGAGGAGGAGACCAUUCCUAUCGAAUUUGAUGAAGCCAUGUUUGGAUGUAAUGUGAGUACAUCGUUGUUGAGAGAGGAUAUCAUGCGCUGUAUGGAAAUGAGAGAGAUAGGGUCCAGGCAAAUUUUGGUUUACAUGGGUUACUUGUACAAGUACUUGAAGGAAACAAACAGGGCUGAGUAUGUGUCGUUUGUGGAUCCCAACAAAAUACCAGCCGCUCAAGAUGGCAGUACCUCUUCACAACACAUUGCUAAUCAGUUGAAAGCAUCAAACGGAGACAGCAUAUGCCUUAUCCCAUACAACACUGGUUUGCAGGUUGUGUGAAGAACCAGUACUAUACGCAGACACAAUAUGAUGAAGUGAGAAUUGAAUGGAGUGAAUUUGUGUACUCGUAUUUGAAGUGAAUUACAAGUUGUGUGAAUGAACCAGUACAUGUUUUUGGUUUUUUAUAGCU